ACCCGCGACAGCAUCAAUUUAAACAUAGUGGACAAUUCGUUGACGGCUGUUGUCGGUCAAGUUGGCUCAGGAAAGUCAACCCUAUUAUCGGCUAUUCUGGGAGAUUUGAUUCUAGCUUACGGUCAAAUUCAAAUGAAGGGUCGACUGGGUUACGUGCCCCAACAAGCGUGGAUCAUGAACGCAUCUCUGCGAGACAACAUUCUGCUGGGUGAGGCGUACGACGAAGAGAAGUUCAAUGAAGUAGUUAACGCGUGUGCACUCGCCGAAGACAUUCUUCAGUUGCCGGCUGGAGACUUAACACAAAUUGGCGAAAAAGGCAUAAACUUGAGCGGUGGUCAGAAGCAACGAGUGAGCUUGGCCCGAAGCAUCUACCAGGACUGUGACGUGUACCUGUUCGACGAUCCACUCAGUGCUGUUGACUCACACGUCGCCACGCACAUCUUCGACAGCCUCAUCGGACCACACGGCAUGCUCAAAAACAAGACCAGGUUGUUAGUGACUCAUGCAGUGAACAUACUCCCCCAUGUCGACCAGGUUGUUGUGCUGGAUGGAGGUUGUAUCGUUGAGCAAGGCACCUACCAGCAACUCAUGAACAACGGCAGAUAUAUAAAUAAAGUUUUGAAAAGUUUCAGAAAAGUUGACAAAAAUAAUAUACAGAGUGAAAAGAAUAACGACUGGUUUUAUUUUUUCCGACUAUUUCAUUUAAGAAUAUUUGCUCUUAAAACUUUACUUUUUAUUUCUCCUCCUAAAGGCCUUACGAAUCAAAUGACAAAUGUGACACGGGCUUGGAUUAUAACAAAGAGUUAA